ACCAAUCAGCGGAAAGGAAAAGCCAAAGCGCGGAGGGGGAGGCCGCUGUGGCUCGACUUCCUGCGUGGGCUUCGCGCUUUACACCGGGGAUGCGGUCCGGGCACCGCGCUUAGGAGGAGAACAGCCGCUUCCCUGCCGCUCUCAUGCUGCGCCCCGACGGCUGCCUCUUGCUGCUGCUGCUGCUGCCGCUGCUCCUCCUCCUGGCGCCGGGGCCCGCCGAGGGGGAGGCGGCGGCCGAGAGGCUGAGCCCCUACUUCGGCACCAAGUCCCGUUACGAGGAGCUGCACCCGGAGCUCCUGCGGGACCCGCUGUCUCUCGGGCCGCCGCAGCCGGGCUUCCCGCUGCCGCCGGCUUCCUGCGCCCCGCUGCAGCUCGGCGCCGUCUUCCGCCACGGCACCCGCUUCCCGACGCGCAAGCAGAUCCAGAAGCUGGGCCGCCUCCACGGACUCGUCCAGGGAAACGCCGGGAAAUGCAACGCCAGCGCCGCCUCCCGCCUGGCGCGCUGGACCAUGUGGCUCCGGCCGGACAUGGACGGCAAGCUGGCCCCUCGGGGGCGCCGCGACAUGGAGAUGCUGGCCAGGCGCCUCGCCCGCCGCUUCCCCAGCCUCCUGGCCCGGAACCGACGCUUCGCCUUCGUCAGCAGCUCUAAGCACCGGUGCCUGGACAGCGCCGCCGCCUUCCGCGAAGGGCUCCGGCAGGCGCUCGACGGCCAGCAGCAGGGCACGUCCCAAAAGCACGCCACGACGACAGAAGGAAUUGAAACCAACGACAAACUGAUGAGGUUUUUUGAUCUAUGUGAAAGAUUUGUUAAAGAUAUAGAAGACAAUGAUACAGCUAUGCAUGAGCUGGAUGCCUUCAAGGAAGGUCCGGAGAUGAAGGAAGUAGUGGGGGAAAUUGCAAACACCUUGUGUCUACCAGUGAAUGACUUAAACGCAGAUUUGGUUCAGGUGGCAUUUUUCACUUGCUCAUUUGAGCUGGCCAUAAAAAACAUUAGCUCCCCCUGGUGUUCGCUCUUCAGUGAAGAAGAUGCCAAGGUUCUUGAAUAUCUGAAUGAUCUGAAGCAGUACUGGAAGAGAGCUUAUGGGUAUCCUAUCAACAGCCGCUCCAGCUGCAUUCUUAUGCAGGAUAUCUUCAAACAUUUGGACCAGGCUGUUACAGAGAGUAAAAGUUCGAAGCCUAUUUCCUCUCCCGUGAUCCUCCAGUUUGGACAUGCAGAAACCCUUCAACCUCUCCUUGCUCUCAUGGGCUACUUCAAAGACGAAGAGCCUCUUAAAGCUAACAACUACCACAGGCAGAUGCACCGGAAAUUUCGUAGCGGCCGCAUUGUCCCUUAUGCCGCAAACCUGUUGUUUGUGCUUUAUCACUGUGAUCAAGCCACAACUCCAAAGGAAGAGUACAAGAUCCAGGUAUUGCUCAACGAGAAGCUGCUGCAAUUUCCACACACGGGAGAAACAGUUGCUUUGUACACCGACCUGAAAAACCACUAUAAUGAAGCCCUCCAAAAUUGUCACUUUUCCAAAGUGUGCGACAUGCCAAAAAAUACUACUCAAGGUGAUCUGUAUGUAAAGGGGACAAAGUAGAGGAAGAAUUUUUGUGUGUGGAAGUGUUUGAUAAAAUGUAGCUCUUUUGCUUUUGCUACUUUUUAGGAAGAUGUACCAUUACACUUUAAAAAAAGAACUUCAUAAACUGGUUUCUGAAAUUCAAAAACAAAAUUACAAAAACAAAGAUACAGGACAUCUCAAAACAUUCAAACAAACUUCUGAAGCUGUUUCUGGGGAAAAACUGCCUUUUUUAGGAUCAAGAAUGAUCUAGGUGUAACCACAUGGUAUUUGGCAUGCAGUUUACUUCAUAGCUUCGCCAGUUAUUUAAUGUGAAUAGUUUGGAAAUUAUUGUGGAUCUCAAUUGCUGCUUCACUGGAAUAUUCACUUGUGAAUACAGCCUCUUAUGUAUAAACAUCUCCUAAGUACAAACAUCUCUUAUAUAAGAUUCCAGGUGGUUUUCAAGGUUAUGUUUUACAAAAAUAAUUGGUUUUUGCCAAGUAUUUUGGAGACCUUGCAUAAAAGGUUGCAUCUAGUUAAUAGUCCACUGAAAUAAUGGACUUUACUAAUUACUGAUUUUAAUGGGUCUGCUCUGAAUAUGACCUAAUUGCGCACAACCCCCAAAUUGUAAAGCAAUAGGAGAAUACCAGUACUGCUCUAUUUUCAUAAUUCAGUCUUUUCUGUGUUUUGUUUUGGUAGCUUUUGCCCAGCAAUAAUGUGGUUCUGUGGCUGCAAAAAGAGGAGUGGUACGUUUGCCAUUUGGGCAGACGCCAAUCUGUGAUGGGCAUUCAGGUAGUCUAUAAUAAUAACAUUGAAGAGAAGGGGGUCACUGCUUUGAGUUCAGCUUCAAAAAGAACAAAAUUAGUCAGCUAGAGAGAGCACAGUCAUACCUUGGAAGUCGAACGGAAUCCAUUCUGGGAGUCCGUUCGACUUCCAAAAUA